AUAAGAAAGGGUUUAGCGUGACGGUCGGAACCAAAGAAAAAGAAAAGCAAAACCUCCCUACUCUCUCUCUCUCGCCCCUGUGUCCUCUCCUUCAACUCUGCCCUUCCCUCUUCCCUAUUAUCGUACUCUCUUUCUCAAACGAGAAUCACGUUCGAAGUCUCAUCAUUGUCAACAUUCUUCAUCCUCUUCAACAAGCCAAAGCAGUCAUGGACGAGCUGCAGCUACAGGACACUUCAAAUCACUCAAAGAAACGAAAGCUCGAGCACAACAAGAAGAAGAAGAACAAGGCAAAACUAUCAGAAACCCCAAAGAAGCAAAAAACCAGCAAGAAAAUGCAGAAGCUUUAUCAAAAGCGUGUUGCUGAGUACAAUUCAGACAAUGAUGAAGAUGUUCAAUCAGAAGGAUCUUCUGGCCAUGUAAGCGAAGAAGAAGAAAUAGGAAAGUUUUCGGAUACUGAUGAAGAGGGGAAGAAAGAAACAGGAAGUCAGAAGCCAGAUACUAGUGUUGGAGUGAUCAAGUUUUCAGAAGGUUCGAAGGCCUUUCGAAUGGCUUUCAUGAAAAUCAUGAAGAAGAAAGUGACUGAAGAUUUUUUGGGGCCUAUUUUAUCCGGUGAUAAGAAGCUCAUUGCAAAGAAACUUACUGCUGAGGAAGAUGAAAAUGCUCAGAAGGCUUCAAGGAAGGAGAAGCUAUUGAAAUUGAAUCAGGUGAAGGAGAAGGGCCAUGUAAGGCCUGCAAAUUUCUUGGAUACGAAGGAGAAGUUACUCAUAAGUUUGGCAACAAAAGGAGUGGUGAAGUUAUUUAAUGCGGUUAAUAAAGCACAACUUGUUCAAAAAGGUGUGAGGGUUUCAAAAUCAAAAGAUGCAAAGGAAUUAGGAAAGAAAAGCAAAGAGGCUUUCCUUGCAGAGCUACGCAAGGAAUCGUUGCCAACCCGUUUUAAUCCUAUGACAUCAAGCGUUAACAAGGCUACUAAAACGGAAGAAGGGAAGAACAAUGAUCCGGGGUGGGCUCUUUUACGUGACAAUUACAUGCUCACUAGUUCAAAAUUAAAGGACUGGGAUAAGAUGCCUGGUGGAGCUGCCACUGCUGUUUCAGCUGAAACACUUGUUGAUAGUUCAUCUGAUGAGGAAUGAUCUCAUUAAGUUAUGAAAGAGAAAUCAGGGAACAUCAUCAUAUGUUUUACUCCAAGAACCAAAGGCUGCCCAUUAAUUGCCUGCUGCUUUCCACAAGGUUGAAGUUAAAACACCAUGUGUGUGUAAUGAUUUCCUAAUGCAUGUAUGGGAUGGCUUUUUGUAUAAUCCCAAGUUGCAUUAUUUGUGAAUGUAUUUGAUGCCAUCUAUUUCUUUAUUUCAGUUGAAUUAGUGUCUAUCAACCUGUUCUCUUUUAUGCUCCAAUUUUGUCUGAGAUUCAUGUGUUUUUCA